UACAUAUUUCACAGUAGUGAUUACUGAAAUAGACGUGGCACGAUUUUAUACGAAAUCGAAAGUAAAGACGAUUAUUAUUGCCAAAAUUGGAACUAAGCUGCUUUAUAGUGCAAGUUAUAAGUGCACUUGAUUCAUAGUUAUUGCAAGGAUAUUCAUAGGGAAAGAAUGGAGGCAAUGAAGUAUAUGGUGAUGUGUUUUAUUUUAGCAUAUAAUUAUGCUAAUGGUACCAGUGUACGUGAAAAUCAAGACACACGGUCAAGUUGUAGGAGUUACGCACGAUGCUACAACCCGAGCUGGUGCGAUGGUGUGUUAUCGUCCCGUAACUGUUCACAGAAACAUUUAGAUAACAAGUUAGAAUGUUUAUCAGCCUUACUAGAAGAUAAAUCAUACGAUAGCCAGCGGUCGGAUACAAUAAAAGACAUAACAGAGAACAUAACCUUGAUGAUGAAUCAAACAGGAAAUAUCAAAACAGACAUGCUUGAAUUCAAAACUAUAUGUAACUCAACAUUAACUGAAUUAAGUACGCGACAUAAGAAUCUCAACGAGGAAGUGAACACUCUGAAUGCGGAAUCCGAAAACUUAAAGCAGAAACAAACUGAUUUACAAAAUAAAAUGUCAGAAUUUGAUCAGUAUCGUGAAAACACUGAUAAAACAGUAGAAGCACUAAGAAAAGAUUUAAGCAAUACUGAUAAAGACUUUAAGUCGUUUGAGUCAAAAACUAACACGGAUCACAAGCAUAUUGAAGAAAGACUAACAGAAAUAGGUAAAGAAGUGAAUGGAAAACUCGAUAAUUCAGUAACAAAUUUUAAGGAAACAUGGACAAAAGAAAUUCAGACUACGAACGCAACGAUAAGUGUGAUUGAAGAGAAAAUGUUAUUCAAUCAAGAUCAAAUAAAUAUAACUCUAAAUGCUCUUAACAAAACAAUGUCAAAUAGUGAAGCCAAGUUUAAUGAUUCUCUGAAAGACAUUAGAAAAGAAAUGACUGUCGGACUUGGUAAUACUGAGUCAGAGAGGAAACGUUUAGAGCAGGGAAUAAAAGAUAUGAAAGGUACAGUAGAAAAUGAUAUAAAAAUGAAAAUACAAAAUGUUGAGAAUAAGUUAAGUGAAAAAAUAAAUAAAAUCUCUAAUCAAUUUGAUGAGAAGAUAAAUAGUGUCUCUAAAUCUACCAAUAGUAAAAUAGAAAACUCUGAUACCAAAAUAGCAAAAUUAUCUGAGGAUCUUGAAGAUUCUAAAAGAGACAUUGGAGAUAAAUUAAAAUCGGAAACAGAAAAACUUCAAGAGAAUACAGAUAAAAGUAUAGGAAAGUUGAAUACAGAAUUAGAAACUUUUAAGACAAAUACCAAUACAGUUAUUGGUGGUAUCGAAACAAAUAUUCAAAAGCUUAUGGAAAAAGUGGACGGAGUAGAAUCUGAGAAUAAUCGUAAAAUACAAGAAGUAAAGGAAAGUCUUACUACAAUGAUUAAGGGAGAAAUUUCAGAGUUAAAAGCCUCACUAAAUAAGUCAGUCAAGGAGACGAAAGAAACUAUUGAUGAACUGAGAACUGAUAUAGGGAAAAAAAUCAUAAAAGCAGUGGAAGCCCUGACAGAGCAGACACUUGAGGUGAAUCAAACUGUUUCACAACAGCAGAAAAUUGUAGGUGUUAUAUUUUCAAAUACAUUUAACAAAGAAAUGUUUACAUAUGCGUUUUUACUCUUGGUUGUGCUAAUGGGUAUAAACUUUACUAUAACCUACAUAUUUGUGAAACGAAGUUCACCACAAGUUCAAGCUGAUGCCGGAAGGACAUCAACUGAUGGUGGCCAGCAUGCUGUACACACUGGAGAAGAACCUCAUUCCCCUGUCGAAGUUUAUAACAGACUUGCAUAUCCGAAUUCACUUCCCAUCGAGUUAUCUGCCCCUCUUGAAGAUUCUGUAGCUGUGGUCAGUUUUUAUGAAGACGCUCAAAAACACCACAAACUUUUGAUGAAAGAUGUUUUGGAUCUUGCUGACGUCAGAGUUUUGUAUCACGUGAUUCGACGACACGAGCAUAUUCUUCACAUUCCACGUGCUAAAUUGUGUAUUAUGUUUGUUGAAUUCUCAGAAAGACACGUGAUUAUAGAAGAGCCGGGUUUGGGACUCGGGGACCUCAAACGUAAGACUGUCAAAUUCAUCGAUACACUAGGAGCCUGUCUUGUGAUCGUGUAUGUUAAAGAUCCCGGAUCAAGACGUCUGAGAAGCUCAGAACUUUAUAACAGCUCUAUUUACUGUGUUAAAAAUCAACCUGAACUGUCAGCGUUGAGCAAAACUGCACGAUUUUUGAGUGUUUAUGACAAUUUUAAUGAAUAUCAGGUAAAGCGCCUAGCAGACGUGAUCUUAGCAAAUGUAUGUCAAAGGUCAGAUAAAGGUCAUGCAGCAGGUCAAAGUCAUACCGGAAGUCCAGGUAAACUCCGUCUACGUCUGAACUGAAUGUUGUGUUUAUAUAGUAUUAUUAUAAGCAUCAUUUAUUUGUUUAACAAAUGAAAAUUAAUCAGUAUUCUUUUUAUUUUAGUGAUAAGUAAUGUUUAAACGAGUUCUGUAAGAGAUUAAUCAAAAUGACUAAGGCAAUCAUAUCAUGUAAAUAAGCUGUCACUAGGAAAUAGGGAGUUCUGGUGAUCACAUGACUGUACAGUCAGUGGUAGACAUACAUUAUAAUAUAUAAAUGUACACAAUCUAUUCCAUGUUCAAAUGUCGGUUGCUGUUUUUUCCACAAAAUUGUCGUCUGCUUCAGAACGUGUAACGUGAUUUCAAUUUUGUUUAUACUUCAUUAAUACAUUAUAACCUCUCUAAAGUAACAUCCUUUAAGAAGCAAUUGUUUUCAUUGUUUCUGAGAGGUAUUUCUAUAGACUACGGUAAAAAUCUUACAGUGUUAAAUUUUGGUUUGGGAAGGUUUUAAUUCAGUUGUUGUAAAGAGGUAAUUUCUAUAUAGAGGGCCGCUCUUUGCAAAGGUUACAUUGUGACUAGUUUCAUUUGAAAAACAAAGACUUGUUGUCCGUGACCUUUUCUUAAUGACUAAUAAAUUCAUGUCAGUUAAAGUUAAUUGUUUAGUUUUGUUAGUUUGCUUAGCAUUGUUUUCAUCACAUAGCAAUUUUUUUUAUAAAAUAUCAUUUAUUUCUGACAAAAAAUGUUCUUUGCUCUCAAUACUUUUAUUGCUAUUUAAUUCUGUAGUUUUACUGUAUAUGUAUGUAUUUUAAUGUGAAGAACAUUAUAAUUUCUAAAAGAUAAUUGUGUUGAAGGUUUGGCACAUAUUUUAAACAUUCAUACUUUGUGUUAGUCUUUGUGAAGAGGCGUCGUGUGAAUUUGCUUUUUAUUUGUAUUAUUUUUCCAACAUUUAUCAUCUCAUUAUUUUGCUUGAAUUUGUCAUUUUUUUUGUAAAAUAACAUCUAUUAGUCUAUGUAUUUCUUAGCUCCAGCAGGUGAGGUGGUUUCGACACCUUGUGUUGCUUUAAGUUUGUAAUAAGGUCAUUUGAAAUACACAAACUUGUGGCCCGUGACCUUUUCUAAAUGAAUAAUAAAUUUAUGUCAAAAAAAGUUAAUUUGAGCUAGCAUUUCAA